GCGCGCCCCCGGAGUCUGGGGAGCAGGGCUCCGCCAAUCCGAGGGGAGGGCGAAGGAAGUACCAUUUAUUUAGCGCUGUGUGUGUGCUCUUAUUUCCACUGGCCUUACAAGACCGUGCACUGUGUAGAUGAGGAAACUGAGUCAUAAUAAAUAUGUGCUGAACCGUUCGGGGGUCACACGGUGCUUAAAUGGUUUCGAGUCAACUCGCUCGGACGGCACUCGGCCUCAGCCUCCGGCCCUGGAACCCUCUCCAGGGACGGGACCAGCCCUUGUUCUGUUCCCUACCGGUACCACAGGAAUCUUGACAAACGGCCCAAAUGCCUGGCCGCUGUCAGAGUGACGCCGCGAUGAGAGUAAACGGGCCAGCAUCCCGUGCACCAGCGGGGUGGACCAGCGGGAGUCUGCACACAGGCCCCCGAGCAGGACGCCCUCGUGCGCAGGCUUGGGGUAUACGUGGGCGGGGCCUCCUCCUCCGGCCCCGCCCAGCCGAAGGAGCUUCCUCUUCCGAGGAAAGGCGGGGCCUGGGCGCCCGCGGGAAACCCGGGCCCCUUGCAUCCGCUGGGUGUAGCCGUGGGGAUGGCAGGUUCGGGGAGGCUGGUCCUACGGCCCUGGAUUCGGGAGCUGAUUCUGGGGUCAGAGACACUCUCCAGUCCACGAGCCGGGCAGCUGCUCGAGGUACUACAGGAGGCCGAGGCCGCGGUCGCGGGCCCAUCCCACGCCCCUGAUACGUCCGACGUCGGGGCCACGCUGCUUGUGUCUGACGGGACCCACAGUGUCCGAUGCCUGGUGACGCGGGAGGCCCUGGACACCUCGGACUGGGAGGAGAAGGAGUUCGGCUUCCGCGGGACAGAGGGCCGGCUGCUGCUGCUGCAGGACUGCGGGGUUCAUGUCCAGGUCGCUGAGGGCGGCGCGCCCGCAGAGUUCUAUCUCCAGGUGGACCGCUUCAGCCUGCUGCCCACGGAGCAGCCCCGGCUACGGGUGCCUGGUUGCAACCAAGACUUAGAUGUUCAGAAAAAGCUCUAUGACUGCCUUGAGGAGCACCUUUCAGAGUCCACCUCGUCCAAUGCAGGCCUAUCACUGUCCCAGCUUCUGGAUGAAAUGCGGGAGGACCAGGAGCAUCAGGGGGCACUCGUGUGCCUGGCUGAAAGCUGCCUGACACUGGAGGGCCCUUGCACGGCACCCCCCGUCACCCACUGGGCUGCCUCACGAUGCAAGGCCACGGGAGAAGCUGUGUACACUGUCCCCAGCUCAAUGCUGUGCAUCUCUGAGAAUGACCAGCUAAUUCUGAGCUCUCUAGGCCCCUGUCAGAGGACACAGGGAACCCCGGCCUUACCCGGCCACAUGUCAUCCGAGGAAAGUGGUACCAGCAUCAGCCUUCUGCCUGCCCUGUCCUUGGCUGCUCCAGACCCAGGGCAGAGGAGCAGCUCCCAGCCCUCACCAGCCAUCUGCUCAGCGCCUGCCACCCUGACCCCCAGGUCCCCACACGCCAGCCGUACCCCCAGCUCCCCACUCCAGAGCUGCACUCCCAGUCUCUCACCCCGUAGCCAUGUCCCCAGUCCACACCAGGCUCUUGUGACCAGGCCCCAGAAACCUAGCCUGGAGUUCAAGGAGUUUGUAGGGUUACCCUGCAAGAAUCGGCCGCCUUUUCCCAGGACCGGAGCUACCAAGGGAGCCCAGGAGCCCUGCUCUGUCUGGGAACCCCCAAAGAGGCAUCGUGAUGGUUCUGCCUUCCAGUAUGAGUAUGAGCCACCCUGCACGUCCCUCUGUGCUCGGGUCCAAGCUGCCAGGCUUCCUCCCCAGCUCAUGGCCUGGGCCUUGCACUUUCUGAUGGAUGCACAGCCAGGGUCUGAGCCAAAUCCGAUGUGAGACGUCACACAGGACAGAUACCGCUCCACACUCUGCUUCCUUUGAGUUUUUUAAUAAAAUAAUCUCAUGCGGCA